AUGUCACAAUCAAGCAGCAGCACUGCUAACAAUCCGUCGUCACCAAAUUCCGGCCGGCACCCUGUUUACAAGGGAGUUAGGCGUCGGAAAAGUAGUGGGAAAUGGGUGUCCGAAAUUCGAGAGCCAAGAACGCCAAACAGAAUAUGGCUUGGCACAUUUCCUACUCCUGAAAUGGCUGCAGUAGCCUAUGAUGUGGCAGCACUUGCUCUUAAGGGUUCUGAAGCUGAGCUUAAUUUCCCAAAUUCAGCUUCUUCUUUACCUGUCCCGGCUUCUAACUCGCCGCGUGACAUUCAGGCUGCCGCCGCCAGUGCGGCCUCCGCAGCUGGGGCGGCGGUGGAUGCUCUUGCUGGUGGAAAUAAUGUUGUUGACAGGAGUGAAAAUCCGGAGCCGACUGAAACCCCAGAGUUUAUUGAUGAGGAUUUGAUCUUUGAUAUGCCUAAUGUUCUGACGAACAUGGCUGAAGGAAUGCUUCUUAGCCCUCCUCGCCUUGACCUUUCAGGUGACACUGGUGCUGAUGAAAAUGUAGAAAAUGAGAACCUGUGGAAUUACCCCUAA